AUGCCCCGAGUUCCUUCUGAUUCACGCGCUGUCGUCGAAUGUCGGCUGGAGUCGACUCUCGCUCGGGAAUCCAUGGAGUUCUUGAAGCGUCUGAAGAUGAUCUUCAAGGAGAAGAACGUCGUGAUCGACACGGACCUGUUCAUCGAUGCCCUGGCCGGGAAGGACCUCAUCUCGGUCGCCCGAGAGAUGGAGCUGAAGAAGAUCGCCUCCUACAGCGAAAAGGUGGACGAUGCCUUCUUCACCCUGUUCAUGGCGAACCCCGAGAGCACCUAUCCUGAAGUUCUGGAGAUUCUGAAGAAAAUGGGAAGGGAGGACAUCCUCUCCAGGCUGCAGGAGGAUGGAGAGUCGCCGACCCCGAGACCGACUCCUGGCCCGUCAGAGAGAAGCCUGCCAGCCGCUCCCCCUGUGACGACCGCGCCAUGGCCACCGAGCGGAUCAUCAGAGCCCGCACGACUUCCCGACCCCCAUCAGCUUUCGACCAGACUCACCAAGAAGGACCUCGGCAACAUCCUUCGUAAGACCAGAUACGCCUUGACGGAAACAGUAAGGGAAAACCUGAAGUCCCAGCUGGUGGUUCUCGCCCACGACGUGGUGUCGCAGAGUGCCUCGGUCCACCAAGAGACUCCGAGAGAAAUCGAAACACAAUGGCAGGAAAACGCACCGGAUGUCGCCAUCUGCAACUCCUCAGACAUCCCGUUGCCAGAGCCAGUUCUUCCAGUUGGUCCUGCUGAAGGAGGCACCUUUGAUGGUUUGUCAACACCAGAAGGUCCUCCAGUGAUACCAGAGCACGAGGUGAUACCCGAGCACCAGGUAUUACCAGAGCACGAGGUGAUACCAGAGCACGAGGUGAUACCAGAGCACGAGGUGAUACCCGAGCACGAGGUGAUACCAGAGAACGAGGUGAUACCCGAGCACCAGGCGAUACCUGAUCAGGUGAUACCAGAGCACGAGGUGAUACUUGAUCAUAUUCAGAAUUCAAGACAGAAUUCCAGUUCCGACGUUGCUUCAGGUUCCAGCAUCAUGUUUUUCUUCCUUGCUUUUGUUGUUCUUCUUGGUUCUUCUUCGUUUGCUGUGUUUGGACUCUUCGUUGCUGCUGUUUCAAUCGUUCAUGCAUUGAAUUAG